GCAUUCGCUGUAAUAGCUAAAACUUUAUUAGCUCUUGUCGGUUUAAAUGAAACACCGAAAACACAAGCUGAUAGUUUUUUAUCAUUGGAACAAUUUAUGAAUUUACGAACAAGAUUAUUAAAUGAAUUUCGUAUACCUAUUACUUCUCCAUUAUCUCCGAAUGAAUUGAAACAAUUAGAUCAAUUAUAUGAAACAGAUGCACGUAAAGCAAGUUGUAAAUCACUUAGUCGUGAAUUUGCUCAAUUAGCUUAUUAUUUAUUUGAUGCAUUCAUUCAUUGCAAACAUCAAUUAACUGCAACCCAUCGAACAACUCAUCAUAUGCAUAAUGAUACUACUUCCACUACUACUACUACUACGAAUGCCAAUACUACUACUCAUCAUCAUCAUGAUAACAUGAAUGACGCAUCUCAUUCCACAUGUAAUACUCACAGUAAUACUCAUAACAAUAAUAACAGUUCUACUACUACACCAAUAAAAAAUCACCAUCAUCAUCAUCAUCAUGAGAAUAAAAUUACCGAUGUUUAUCGUGUAUCAUUAUCACCGCAUAUUUAUGAAGUUUUAAUUGAAUUAGCUGAGAGAACGUAUCAAUUUGUAUUGGCCAAUCGAUGAGAUGAUGAUGAAUGAUUAUUAUUAUUAUAGUAGUUCUGUGUGUAUUGCCUAUUACGGUUGAUUGUUAUUUCUUUUUUGUACCCCUUUUUUGAACAAAACUUAUACUACUAGGAAAAGUGCUUUUUUCAAUGCUUUCAUAAAACUAAUCUAAUCAUGUCAUUGUUGUCGCCGUUGAUUAUUACCUGGUGUGUGUAUGUGUGUCUCUUUCAACUGUGGGUGUGUUUCUGUGUGAACUGUUGUCAGUUCAAUUUUAUUUAAAUAGUUAUUAUCCUUCCUAUCUAUUGAUCUGUCUGCCUAUUGAUCACUUACUUUACCACUACUACUAGGUGUAAUCUAUUUUAAUGCAGUAUAGUGUGUUGAGAAGAGGAAUUUUUUUUCCUUUCAAUUAUAUCCCCUGUCUAUCUAUCUCUUGAUGAUGAUGGUCGUCGUACGAUGAAUGAAUGUCAAUGAAUAUGGUGGAUUCAGGCAUUUGAUCAUGAUUUUUUUUCAUUAUUGCAUCGGAUACGUU